CAGAAAUGGAGAGAUGGACGCAGCAGGGAGAGCGGCUAUAAAACGGUGUUCUGGCCUGUUCUGACUGGUGUCGUUAGGCCGAUGUUGUAACGGAAUAUGUCCUGCCGGUAGAAACCUCUUUGCUUAGCGUUUUUUAUUCCGUUACGCAGCUGGACGGCGGGAGGACAAACGGCCGGUCAUGAAUUCGGACUUGACCUCUAAUGGGAGUUUUAACCUGCAGGUGAGUGCAGCGUGCCCCCCCUCUGACCGGGGCCAGACCUGCAGGAAGCUGCGGCGUGUGGCGGUGGUCGGCGCUGGAGCGUCUGGACUCUGUGCUGCACGACACAUCCUGUCCCGCCCCAGCAGCUUCGCCCCCCCGGUGGUGUUUGAGCUCACUGACCACAUCGGAGGGACCUGGUGUUACGAAGAGCAUGUUGGAAUGCUCCCCAAUGGGCGUCCUGUGCUCAGCAGCAUGUACAGGGACCUGAGAACCAACCUGCCCAAGGAGGUUAUGAUGUUUCCUGACUUCCCCUUUGAGCCCCAGCUGAGCAGCUUUCUGCCACACCAGGAGGUUCAGCAGUACCUGCAGAGAUACUGUGAGAACUUUAAAAUCCAUCCUCACAUACGGUUCAACACCAUGGUGGAAAUGGUGAAGCCUGUCAUCGUGACAACAGACAGUGGGGAGGAGAACACCACAUGGGAUGUGACCUCAUCAUGUUUGUCAGGUUGUCAGAAGACGGAGACGUUUGACUCGGUGUUGAUCUGCUCUGGGCAUCACUCUGACCCCCACAUCCCACACAUCCCUGGGAUACAGAACUUUAAAGGUCAGGUUCUUCAUAGUCACUCAUACCGGUUUGCGGAGCCGUUCUCUGGCCAGACUGUGGUGAUUCUGGGAGCCAAGUCUUCAGGACUGGACAUUUCCAUUGAACUGGCGAAGGCCGGCGCCAAGGUGACCCUGAGUCACGGUUACCCCCCACUUACCUUUCCUCUUCCUCCUGGGAUCCAACAGUCCGGUUCAGUGGUGGCGGUAGACAAUGCCGGCUGUCUCCGCCUCCAGGACGGCUCGGUGUGCAAGGCUGACGUCCUGAUGUUCUGCACCGGCUACAACUUCCACUACCCCUUCCUGGAUGCAGCUCAGCUGGGUUUGGAGAUCCAGGAUCACAUGGUGUCUCCUCUGUACCGCUUCAUGCUUCCUCCCGCAUUCCCGUCACUCUUCUUCAUCGGGAUCUGUAAAAUCAUCUGCCCCUUCCCCAACUUCAACUGUCAGGUCCAGUUUGCUCUGGCUGUGUUGGAUGGUUCGGUUCCCCUGCCAUCGCGUGAGCAGAUGGAGAAGGAGGUCCAGCAGGAGCAGCAGGAGAAACUGGAGAAGGGGGUCCAGUGGCGCCACCUGCUGAAACUAGACCAGGGUCAGUGGGAGUACUGCGACACGCUGGCUCAGUUGGCAGGCUUCCCGCCGCUGCAACCAGUCGUUCGCAGCUUGUACGAGGAGGUGUGGCGUCAGAGACAGAAUCACCCAGUGAACUACCGGAGGAACAACUACCAGCUGGUCAGCGCCACCCGGUGGGAGCUGAUCCACUCCCCAGAACCUGAGCGACCAAAUGUCUGAAACAGGAAGUCCUGCUGAUCCAUGCGUCUUAAAUUCGGCUCUUCUCCAGGAAGUGACCCGAGGAACCAGUGUUUGAGUCUCAACAUCACGAUCAAGCUCCUGGUUCUACGGAGUUUUUUGGACAGUUCUGCUCACCAGUAAUAAUUCCUACUGACGGAUUGGCUCCUCGCUCUGGAACCUGCUGCCGGUGUCUGACUCUGUUCUUCCUCACUCUCACGACGGGUUGGUUUGGAAUGUAAUUUCUGCCCGUUUUGGUCAUCCUGUUGGUUCUGGUGAUUCUACAGAUUGAAACACUUUCAGGUUCAGGAGAAAAGCUUUAUUGAUCACGUGUGAAACUAAUAAAAACAUUCAAAUGAA